GAUUAUAUAUAUUGGCGCUGGGAACAAACGAGAUUUUUGUCGACUCGAAGCAAAUUAACAAGAUUUGGUGCUCAGCUGUGGUGUAGCCAGCUUCGUCUGUUCUUCCUUCAGAGCAAUAACUGUUCCUACGAGUCUGAUCCGUCGGUGAAAUAAGAUGGACACUUUCUCCCAUGUGCCACCUGGUUUCCGCUUUCACCCAACCGACGAGGAGCUCGUCGAUUACUACCUGAGGAAGAAGGUGGCAUCGAAGAAGAUCGACCUCGACGUUAUCAAAGACGUCGACCUGUACAAAAUCGAGCCCUGGGAUCUCCAAGAGAAGUGCAAGAUCGGCAUGGAGGAGCAGAACGACUGGUACUUCUUCAGCCACAAGGACAAGAAGUACCCGACGGGGACCCGCACCAACCGGGCGACGGGCGCAGGCUUCUGGAAGGCGACGGGGAGGGACAAGCCCAUCUACGCCCGCAGCUGCCUCGUUGGGAUGAGGAAGACGCUCGUCUUCUACAAGGGCCGCGCCCCCAACGGCCAGAAGUCCGACUGGAUCAUGCACGAGUACCGCCUCGAGACCAACGAGAACGGCACCACUCCCGAGGAAGGAUGGGUGGUCUGCCGGGUGUUCAAGAAGCGGGUGGCGACGGUGCGGAGGAUGGCCGACGGCUCGCCGUGCUGGUUCGACGACCACGGCGCGUUCAUGCCGGACCUCGGCUCAACGGCGGCGCUGUACCACGGCCACCAGCAGCAGGUGUACGGUCACUGCAAGCCGGAGCUGGAGUACCACCACCUCCUGCCGCAGGAGGCCUUCCUGCAGCAGCAUCUUCCGCAGCUGGAGAGCCCCAGGCCUCCUGCUGCGGUGGGCGCCUACCUUGGCGGCCGUGGCGGCGACCUGAUCGGGUCGUCGUCCACCGCCGGCCUUGCUCACGGAGACGAAGCCUCUGGGUCCGCCGCGCAGCAGACGCCGCCGCUGGAGGCUGUCUACAUGGCCGGCGCCGGCGUCGACGCGUCGGUCACGGACUGGAGGCUCCUCGACAAGUUCGUCGCGUCUCAGCUGCUCAGCAAGGAGUCCAGCUACUCCUAUCCAGCUCAGGUGUUUCAGGCUGCAGACGGCAACAAGCAUGAAGAAACUUUGGACUACGCUUCGACGUCGGCCGGUUCCGGCGGCGGCGAGGCUGUUCUGUGGAAAUAGCUUCGCUUUCCACCUACAUAUAAAUCCACUGGACAACCUAUACUCUAUAAUUAUAUAUACAAUUUAUACUAUCCAAAUCUGAUCUAGCCAAGUGUACAAAUAUAUAUAGCUGGCUAUAUAUAUAUGCAUUAUAUCAAGAGAAACACACGCAUACAUAAAUAAGAAGUAUGUAACCAAAUUGGUUCGUAUUUGUUUGACAUCAGAUAUCUGGAUCUGGUGUUAAUAAGUUAGCUGUAAGGUGUGAAGCCAUGGGGCUUCAGUAAUUAACUUGACAAUUUGUGAAAAAAAAUAGACAAAAGCUGUCGAUGGACGUCUAUUUGUGCAGUCCAUCUUU